AUGAUCCACAUGCCCCUAAACUACAGGGGUGCUUUGGUAGCUGUCAGCAUAAUUGCUGGUGUAGCAGGCUUCCUACUGCCCACAGGACUUGGUAAAGGCAUCGCUGGUUUCUCCCUUACAGGACUCCUCGAAGUUCAAGUCUUUGCAGUCGGACUAAAUGCCUUCUUGAAAGAAACCCCUCAGCUCAGCAUAAACAACGCUCAGAUGAACAUCGACCUCAUCCAGAUUUCAAAGAAUAGCAAUGAUUCAGCAGCUGUGGCCUUCAUGAGCUACACUAACUUGUCGAGUGUGCUGAAACCCAACCUGUUCAAUACAACUAACAACACAGUGAAAACCAUGAUGUCCACUGUAAUAUCAGCCACACUGCCCAGAACUGCCAAUCAAACGCUCACCACACCAGUGAACUUCACUGUGAAGCACACUGCAGAAAUUGACCCUAGUGGUACACUUUCCUGUGUGUACUGGGAUGCCACUCAAUGGGUUGUAUAUGGAUGUGACCUUCUCCAGACCAACAGCAGUCACUCUGUUUGCUCCUGUGAUCACCUGUCAACCUUCGCUCUCAUCAUGCAGACCAACCCACCCUCAUAUGAUGAGAGUGAUCCAGUCAUGGAGCAGAUCAUCAUGGUGGCAGUGGCAGUGGGGCUGGUGUUCCUCAGCUUGGCUCUACUGACAUUUGCUGUUUAUCGACGGAACCCAAGGGUGACCAACACAGCUCAGAUCAACCUGUGCAUAAGCUUGUUACUGGCCCACCUUCUAUUUCUGCUGACACAGAAAUUCAUGCAUUACAUAGAACCUCAACUGCUGCUGUGUGCAGUGCUGGCAGGUGUUCUGCACUUCCUCUUUCUCUCCGCUUUUGUGUGGAUGUUCAUUGAAGCUGUGCUGCUCUUCAUCGCUGUGAAGAAUCUCACAACGAUCAGAUCAAAGGUGAAGGAGAGUCUUCAGGGGAAGUGGCUGGUUGUGAUUGGAUACGUUGCACCUCUGGCUGUGGUGGGCAUAUCUGCUGUGGUUGUUCCUGAUGGAUAUGGCAGUGAAAGGUGCUGGCUUAAGAAAGACUUUUUGUGGAGUUUUCUGGGGCCUGUUAGUUUCAUUCUGGCUGCAAACACAGUUCUCUUCAUCAGCAUCUUGAUCAUCAUAUUCUCAACUCUGAAAAACAUGAAAGGUGAAAUUUUGAGAAUCAAACGGUCAGAAAGUGACCAGCGACUCUUUAGAAGUGUGGCCUUGAAAGCCAUGAUCCAGUUUAUCAUCCUUGGUUGCUCCUGGAUUCUGGGUUUCUUCGCAGACAGCAGUAAGGCGUUGGAGAUCGUCUUCAUCUUGCUCAACUCCCAGCAAGGCACCUUCAUCUUCCUGGUCCAUUGUGUCCUCAAUCAAGAGGUGAGGCAGCUGUAUAUGAAGUGGUGGCGAGGUCUCCAUGCUGCCCAAUCACUGAGUAUUCAUGAUACCACAACAGCAACAUCAGAGCUCUAG